AUGGAUCGACUGAUGUUUCUCAAGAUCCCAAACCUUUUACUGGUCACACUCGUGGUAACAGUGCCGUUGAUCCAUACAUGUCCACCAACACCUGGAGGUGGAGUUGGCGGCUUUAUUUCUAGCCAGGAUCCAGGUAUGUUUCGCUUAUCUUAUCACAACUAUUUUAAAAAAUAGUUCACAGUAUUGUGAUGGUAAGUCUAAGUCGUCAUCUUUUUUUAAAUAUUACUACGAAAAUUAUGCAAAACCUUAAAAUUUGGUAAAAUGUUGCAUUUCUUACUGAAAUACCAGUAUUCUGGUGCGUACUUGACUGUCUACUGCGUCUUUGACCUUGAUUUCGCUCGCAAAAACUGGAUUUAAAAUUGAAAAAGCGAGGCGAAAAUGCCUGAGGAGAAAAUUACCCCGAUUUCACUCAUCUCUCACAACUCACGUCACCUCGAUAAUCAAAUAUCGUUCGGUUUUCGAAGUUUGAAAUUGUAAAAUGAGGUUUUUGAAACGAAUUUAGAAAUAAUAUAUUAAAUAUAACGGAGUAUAGGUAAUAAUCAAGCUGGACAAUGCUAUAGCCAAUACAUUAAAACAUAUUUCAGCACAUGUGAACGCUCGAUGCUCAGACUUGAUCCUGUACCCAGUUAAUGCGGUCGAUCAAUCGGAUCAGUACAGGUAUGUUCGCACCGUUCAUAUCGUGAUAUGAUAACAGAUAAUAGUAAUAUGUUUUGCUUUUGCGUAUGUUAUCACACAUUACUUUUACAGGUUUGAUUACUCUGACGUCGCAUUUGGAAACACACAUGCCCAAGCUGCUACAGUAGCCAUUACAUGUACGGCAAACGGACAGCCGGCUACAGUAGAAGGCUUUGAUCAGGUAAGUGUUUGUUAGUAUUGUUUAAAAGACUAAAGUUCAGGCUUACCGCUUAUUUCUGUUAAAUGUUGUAGUUUUAAAACUGACAUAAGACCAAAAAUGAACCUUUUAAAUAACAGCCAGCUCUACUUUACAAAAAUGCCAAACUUUGUUGUUAUAGUGACGAUUUGAAACUAGAAACGUCUGCAAAACAAUAUGCAGUAACCCCAGAAAACAAAAAAAUAUAGUAACAGUAGAUUGUUCAAAUAAUUCUGUGCUCUCUUCAAAGCACUUUUUCGGCGUUCGGACGCACAGAAUUAUCUGAACAAUCUAAUACUUCAAAAAGUUCGUAACUUUAACAUAAUACUUUUAAAAUUUCGUAAAUUAUAUAAACGUAACGAUCCUUUAGUCCCGCUCGUCAAUCCAAUCCUCGCCCAGCCUGCUGGCCAUGUGCACCAAUGUUGGUGGAAGUCAGUACACAUGGACAGUGCUCGGUCGUAUCCUACAGUUCGUGGACUGUCGCUACUGA